GUUUUAGUUUGUUGAGGAAGAAACCAUGUCAAAACGAGGUGCAAGUGUACCACGUGGCAUUUUUUCAGGUGGACUAUGGGUCCCAUGUCACUGAAUGACUCGUUCGUUCAAUCAGACGGCAGACCUUGAUUUGGGGUUUAUCCCACACGUAUCCUAAUUUAACUGCAUAGCUUUCAAUUUUCAUUUUUCAUCCGAGUUCGAGAGCAGACUCGGAAGACAUGGUAUGUCUGCAGGUCCUCUCUUCCUCUACCCUCCUGCUACUAAACCCUAAUCGUCGAUUCAUCCAAAGCCCCUCACCCAUCAAAAACCCUAAUUUGUCUAUCCACAAUAUCCUCCCCACACCCAAAAACCUUCAUUUCAGUCGCAACCCCCUCGUCCCUCUCUCCACACUCUCUACUUUUCUUGCGGUUGAGCUCCAUUACUCCAAAAACGGCUUUCAAAGAUUCGCUUGCUAUGCGUUCAACGACUCCAGCGAUGAAACCAAGGCGGUCUUGGACUCGCACGGCAGCGGCGGCGGAGGCGGCGACGGCGGCGGAGAAGAUGGUGACGAUGACGACGGCCAGGCCGGGAAGAAAACUGGGAUUUUACCAGAAUGGUUAGAUUUUACUUCGGAUGAUGCGAAAACGGUUUUUGCGGCACUUGCGGUCUCCUUGGCGUUUCGGUCGUUCGUGGCGGAGCCGAGAUACAUUCCUUCCUUGUCGAUGUACCCAACGUUUGAUGUUGGCGAUCGACUUGUUGCGGAAAAGGUUACAUAUUAUUUUAGGAAACCAUGUGCAAAUGAUAUAGUGAUUUUUAAAAGCCCACCAGUCCUUCAGGAAGUAGGCUAUACUGAUGAUGAUGUAUUCAUUAAAAGAGUUGUUGCCAAGGAAGGUGAUACAGUGGAGGUUCAUAAAGGGAAGUUAAUAAUAAAUGGCGUUGUGAGGAAUGAAGAUUUCACCCUUGAAUCUCCCUUUUACGAAAUGUCACCAAUUCGUGUCCCGGAGAAAUCGGUCUUCGUGAUGGGUGAUAAUCGUAAUAACAGCUACGAUUCACACGUGUGGGGUCCCCUUCCCAUCAAGAAUAUUAUAGGAAGGUCAGUGUUUCGUUAUUGGCCCCUAAACAGAAUUGGUGGCACGGUUGUUGAGGGUGGCUGUGCUGUUGACAAGCAGGAGAGCAGUCCAGCACCGUCGUAGAAUGUUGGCGAUUGAUCCUAUCUUGGCAAGAUGUAUUAUUCGUGGUUUAUUGAAUUAUUGGUUUUUUUAGUUCCAUAUUUUUUUCCCCAAUGAUCUUGUAUGAGUUAUGACACACGUAUUAUUCAUUGUUAGAGAGAGAGGGAGGGGGUUUGUCAUUCUUAUAGAACAUAAUUCAUCUUGAUAUAAUUGUAGGUAAAAUCUUGUAUUC